GCAUCGCCAGCAUCUAUGGCUUGGAAAAGUCCAGAAAUGACUCAGUCGUUUGAACAAGCUUAUAACAGUCAGCAAACAUCUACGCAACCGUCAACGGAUAAUCAAACAGGUGUUCCAAGCCCUGCUCCUAGGAAUCAGUCCCGUUCAAAUAAUGGUCAGAAACCUGCUGAAUCUCUUCAAUCAACAAAUUCUCAAGAUGCUCCUCCAACUCCUCAAGCUAGAAGAAUUCGUUCUGCGUCUUACGGAGGAAACAAUUCGUCUAAAGCUUCAGAAGAACUUUUAGCGAGACUUAACGGCGGUUCUUCUUUGAGCCCGCUUGCAAUGAAUAAUGUAUUUUCAGAGAUAGUAGCCACUACUUCGGUUGGUUCCCCUCAAACACCUGGAACGCCUAGAGAUAAGGUUGGUGGAGAUUCCUCCGAUACCCAAAGUGAAGCAGAGAGCAUUAAAUCUGUAAGACUGCGUAGGAAACUUCCUAAUUUGCCUGCUGAUCAGUGUUCAUCCCCCAGUCCAACAAGGAAAACUCUAGAUCAUGGUAAAAACGGUUUCAGUGAUGGUUCAGAUUUUACUGAUUCCAAAAGCUCAACUCCUGUACCACAGCUUACUCCAGUUCCUGCACAGACUGUUACUACAAGUGUUGUGUCUUCACUUGAGACUUCAAAACAGUAUUCUCCAGCAUCCGCUCUUGGAACCCCGUCUACAACAUCGGGAAGUACCAGUGUAUCUCCUCUUCUAGGAAGGAAAGCAAAUAUUUCUAGGACGCCAAGUCCUGGAAGUGAUGCUUCUGGCUCUAAAUUGCCCCAAUAUAUGCAAAAUCUUAAGCAGCAGCUGCGGGAUGAACUGAAAGCUGUUACUGAAGAAAGAAAAGUGAUGCUGGAACAGCGUGGGAAAACGACAGGAGAAGGUGAACGUUCAGUUACCCCUCAACCACCUGUUUCAGUUCAUCAGAAAACAACAGAACCAAAGGAAGAAAGUUUCAAUUCAACUGUUUCAAAAUCUUUGGCUACAUAUCAAGCACAACAGGCCGCUUUAAUGAAGCAAAUACAAUCUCAAAGUACUUCCCAAGCUCAGACGAAAGCCCAGACGCAGGUGCAAACAUCUUCGGCGAUUAGUUAUCAGGUACAAUCCAAGCCAAUACAGCAGAUACAGAUGCAUUCGCAUCAAGGUCAAACUGUAGUAUUAUCGCCAUACCGUUCGCAUUCUCAAACUUCUUUGUCUAGUCAGGCUCAUACUCCAUCUCAAAGCCAGCCGCAUACACCAUAUCAGAGUCAACCUCAAAUGCUUCAAUAUCAAAACCAGCCUCAAAUGAUCCAGUACCAAACUCAACCGCAAACUCCAUAUAGGGCACAGACUCCAUCAUCUCAGUAUGGAAGUCAAGAUCUGUCAUCGCAACAGGGAAUGUCCGAAUCAGGAAUGAAGACUCCUCUUGCUGCAAGAACUUCACUCCCAGAUGCUAUUCCCAAAUAUCCUGGCACGCGCCGACCCUCUGACGAUGAUAUCACUAUAAUGACCACAGCCACGACAACUGUGGUAUCAGCCUCAGAGCAAUGGAACGAUACUUCGAAGCGUCAUCGUCAAACCCCAACGACAACGAUUGCUCCGUCAGCUAUUAUAGGGUCCAGCGUGGAAUCGUUGCGGCGACUGCAGCCGAAAAUGUCUCCCCAGCCUUCUCCUAAGAAGGGACGGCGCAGACACACCAGCGAGAUCACGGUGCCCCCUUUUGCUCAGAUUGAACAAGCCAUGCAUUACCAAACAAUGAGGCAUCAUCACCAACAGCAACAACAACAGCAAUAUCAACAGCAGCAGUUACAACAGCAACAACAAAUUCAACACCAGCAAUAUCAACAACAGCAAUUACAGCAACAACAACUUCAACAAGCCUCUCAGUACCUACAGUAUUAUCAGAAAGCUCCCCUACAACAGCAAGGCUACAGAUCGAUGGACUUCCCCUCCAUUGACAGCCACGUGAGGGCAACUGAUCUGCUCAGGUCUAGUGCUAAUCGCUACGGUGGCAGCUUGGGAAGUGGUCUCAGCAACACCGAGGCCCUCUACCAGAGCCGUAGAGCCUUGAGUAACAAGAUACAGGAUUAUUUGCAAGAAAACAGGAUGGUGGAACAACAGCAAAGAGCCGUAGGUUCGGAUGCUUAUUUCCAGACACUCAACAAUGAAAUUAACAGGCUGAGACGUUCUUCUGAAAACCUUUACAGAGACUCGAUUUAUGAUAAACCAACAUGGGGUGGCCCUGUUGUGCAAGCACCAACUCCAGUUCCAGAGAUUCGAACGAGUCCCCAGACGACAGAGAGACGGAAGAGAAAAGAGAAGAAGACGAGGAAACCUCGUUCUUGGCACCCUUCUCCUUAUGUGUCCGAAGACGAGGAUGACCAAUUGACCCGCGAAGAGAAAAAAGCAAAAAUCAAAGCAGAAAUCGCUCGCCGAAGGCAGCAAAUAGAAGAAAAUAUGAUGCUGCAUGAAGAACUUUGCAAGCUUGCUGAACGUAGGGACAGAAUGGAGGCAGUAGCAGCAAGUCGGAGUACACCUACAGCUUAUGUCCCAUCACCUACAGGUUCAGUUGCCUAUCGCCCUUCUGAGCAGACUUUAGUAGUUCAAACACGUCCACCGGAUAACGACGAUACCAGCAGUGUUCUCAAAGCUAUAGACGAGAUUCUUCGCAAAGAUUUGUACAGCGGACCUCUCUCUAGAUCAGCAUGGGGAAAUUACGGUGCCACAGAUUCAAGGUCGACGGAUUAUUAUCAGUCAGGCUAUGUUACAAUGCCGAGAAAUAGGUACGAUUAUAACGUCAACCCUGAUGUACGUUUGGGUGCACCUUGGUAUGAAGAUGAACAGGCCUACCAACAUCAGCAACAACAGCAACAGCAAGAGCAGCAAGUCGGCUAUUACCAAGACACGGCAGCAGUUCCAGAAUCGGCCAUGGAUGAAAGUAUAGAACGAUUAGCUUCCACUUUUCCUACAGAUGAGCCACCUGACAUUCUACUGUCAGCUACACCGGGUCAUUUUUCUCCAGAAUCCGAAAUGGCGCCUGCCAUGCCUCUUCUGCCGGAUAUGCCAACACGAUCCCGGAAAUUACUCGAGAAUCUUGGGAGCUCUCCGAUCCAGCCAAGCAGGAGUGGAUCAGCCCAGUCACUGUACCAGGACCAUCACAGGUCCGAAGAUGAGAGUAAUGAGGACGAUUCAAUGGGUCACCGGAUGCAGGAAUCCUCCACUUUACUCAGGUCUCAAAGAAAAACUGGGCGCACCCCCGUUUCAAAGACUUCUCAAAAAUAUGACUUUCCAGUCAAGAGGAUACUCCUCACAAGGGACCCCAAGGAUCGUUCUGUCAGUGGAAAUGGGCUAGGAAUGAAAGUCGUUGGCGGUAAAGAAGUGCCUGGAUCAAAUGGAAUGAUAGGAGCUUAUGUUGCCAAAAUAUUUCCUGGUGGUGUUGUAGAGACCCUUGGUGAAGUCAAAGAAGGAGAUCAAGUGCUCGAAUGGAAUGGCAUUCCUUUAACCGGAAGAACUUAUGAAGAGGUUCAAAGGAUAAUAGCAUCUUCUACAGAUGAAGUUGAAAUUGUUAUACGAUGUGAUUUAAACAUGCUGGAGACAAUGAAUCGUCAAAGAAGAAGCAGUCCAGGGAUGGGUACAAGUGGUGGCCCGAGAGGAGGAGGUCUGGGCCCCAACGAUCCUUCAGGUGGUGGAGGCCCAGGAAGGGGUAGUUCUCCCGCACACAGCCCUUAUUCUCCCGCAGAAUCUUCUCGAGGUCACAGUCCAGCAUUGACCAAAAGAAGCAUGGGUGGAGGAGGAGGUGGUGGCGGCGGUAACAUAGUCAGCAACAACAUACACAAUGCAUUAACGGCUAAUCUCAGUCAAACUUCAUCCUAUGAGAAUAUACAAUCUUCUGAUCGACAAAAUUCUAAUUUUGGGCCUCCAUACGGACGACGUGGGCUAAUGAGUAGAGGACCCCAAUCCCGGAGCGUAGUCAGUGUCUUUGCCCCAGGUCCAGUGUCUACUGACUGGCCAGAGCUUUACGAACCAUCGUUUUUCUCGUCACCUCCGUCUCCAGACGAUUUUCUAGAAGAUGAGUUCCAGAGUCGGUGGCGACAUGAAAGUAGUAUGGAACAGGUUCAGCUUCAGGUGUGUUGCGGUCCAAGAACGGCCAUCGUGUAUGUACCUAUUAUCCCAACUAGACCUUUACUGAAAAGUGCGCCUCCAGCCAUCCUCAACAGGAAUAACUUUACAAGACGAAGUAUGGAUCACAUAGACGAGUACGAGCCUCUGCUGAAGAGUGGUUGGAAAGCAGAAGAAAGGACCUUAAGCUUUUACGACCUUCUGAGGCCGCGCUGUUCCCUGGAUAAAGUCAGCCUUUAUCUCAACAGCCUCAAAGAGAAGGCGGAAGUGUACGAGCUGAAGAAAAAGAACGGGGUGUGUCAAACUUCGGAAGACAGAGAAGAAGAGCCCAGAGAGAGGCCGCGAGCUCCUUCCGAUCUACCGGGACUCAAACCAGUAUUCGUGAACGACUGGAAAAGACCGAAACGGGCAAAAAACGAGGAAAGCGACGACAACAACAAUAAUAGCAAAAAUACUAGCAACCAGAACGGCAAUGGCGAGAAGCAGAGGAAACCCCAUGUGGGGUCCAGUCCCGAGGCCACACCCUAUAAUAUUUUACCAAAAGGCUGCAGAGGAUCAUUCUGUGUCAUCCUUUAAGUCUUUAAAUUAUCCGCAAUUCCGACUGGUGUGCUUGGACCUACUGUUUCCAAUGGUUCCCUGCACUCCCCGCCGUCUGCGUGCCUACUUCGUCACAUAGUGUAAAUAGAACAAAGGACUCAACAACCCUAUGCUUCUACUAAGUUAAAACUGACCUACAAAAUUAGGCACAUUCUCAGUUCCUGUGUUAUAAAAAAAGUACUAGAUGAUGGCUUUUUUGGGGAAUGUGUGCUAUUCAAUAAUAGGCGUGAUUCAGCCAAAUAAGUUGCUACCAAGUGCAUACUACUGAUGACAAAGUAAUUCAGUUUGCUGAAACUUGCUGUUGCAAGGACUAAAGCAGCAAGAGAAAAGUUCCAGGAAUAAACUAAUAUUAAUUAUCAAUAGUUGAUAUAGAUACAAAUUGCAAAUGAAUGGAAGUAUGUUGGGUUUAUUUUGAAGUUCUUGUGGUGAGCUACUCAGUGACUGAUUGAAAAAUUUAUUUGUAAAUAGUGCAUGAUGUAAGAGCAUGUGUGUCAGAAUCAUUUCUUUCAACCAUGUUGUUUUAUUUAGUUUUUGCUGAUUUUUAAUCAAGAUAUGACAUAUCAUUAUACGUAUCAAUUUUACUCACUUUCAUGCCUUGAAGUACGUUAUGAAAACAAAAGCUAUUGAGUUCAUAAUAAUAGGAGAAUACUUUAAUCUUUCUUUCAUAAUUUUAUUUGAGGAAUAAUCAUAACAAGUGGAAUUUAUUUCAAUGGAAAUUGCAUGUUAAAUUAUCUUAAUACGCAUUUGUGAACAUUUAAAAAGCGAAAUUUAAUGAAUUCGUUUGGAUGUUAUACAGAGAUGGAUAAAAUAAUGUACAAAUAAUGCCAAAUUUUGAUUUUUCUUGCCAUUAGAAAAAUCAAAAGACAUCUAUAAAAGAUAAAACAAAAGCAAUAGAAAACAUUAUACGAAUGUCGUACUGAAAAAAUGCUUAGUUGAAUCUUUAAUCACAUUAUAUUGUACAAACUGUUUUGCAUUCAUUUUUUCGAAUGAAUCAUCAAUUACGACUUUUAAAAAUGUGUUUAACAAUUAAGAAAACGCACAAGAAUGUGAAAUUGAUUAUAAAAGAAAAAUAUAGUUAAAAAACACUUAGGGCGUACAAUUUGUCAAAAUUAGUUUGGAAUUCAUGAUUGCAAGUUUUUAAGUACAUUCUCAUUAAAAUUAGAAUUUUCAUCUGAAAUUUUUGAAUUUUUUUCAUUUUAUUCCAAAAAUAAAUGCAUGCAUGAAAGCAAAUAAAUGAAAAUGAUCUGAUGAAACUGUAAAUUUUCAUUUCAUCAAGUAAAGCAGUUGUCUAAAUAGAUUAAUUGUAGAUAAUUGCUCGCAAAUAUUUGUACAUAAUCAGUCCCUGGAAUCAUAACAGAAUUCCCUAUGUUUCUUCUUGAACAGUAAUUAGAAAUUA